CAUUUUUUUUCAUAAAUAAAAAUAAGUAAAUAAAUUUCGAGCCCAUUUUCUUUCGAUCCAUACGAUCUGUGUUGAUUUGUGACAUACACAUAUACAUCUUUAUAUAGUUAAUAAUAAUAAUAAAAUAAAAUAUAAAGAAAGAGUAAAGUUAUAAAAAUAAUUAUUAGGGUUUUCAAUUGAAUUAUGGCCCAAAAUCAAGGUGGUGGUGGAGGUGGAUUUUUUUCGUCGAUCGCUUCAAGUUUUUCCAGUUUUAAGAAUCAAGUUAAUGGAUUGCUUGGCUACGAGGGGCUUGAGGUCAUUAAUCCUGACGGAGGAACUGAAGAUGCUGAGGUUGAAGCACAACGAGGCAGAUGGAAGCAAGAGGAGCGUGACAGUUACUGGAGGUCGAUGCAAAAGUAUGUGGGUGCUGAUAUCACGUCAAUGGUUACUCUACCAGUUCUCAUUUUUGAGCCAAUGACAAUGUUGCAGAAAAUGGCAGAGUUGAUGGAAUAUUCUCACCUUUUAGAGAAGGCAGAUGAAUGUGAGGAUCCAUAUAUGCGAUUAGUAUAUACAGCUUCCUGGUUUAUAUCAGUGUAUUACGCUUUGCAACGAACGUGGAAGCCGUUUAAUCCAAUUCUUGGCGAAACCUAUGAAAUGGUUAAUCAUUGUGGCAUUACAUUUAUUGCAGAACAGGUUAGUCACCACCCUCCCAUGAGUGCUGCACAUGCUGAAAAUGAGCAUUUCGUGUAUGAUAUAACUUCAAAGGUGAAGACCAAGUUUCUUGGUAAUUCAGUUGAUGUGUAUCCCCUUGGAAGAACUCGUUUGAAGCUAAAAAAAGAUGGUGUAGUUCUAGAUCUAGUCCCCCCACCUACAAAAGUUAACAAUUUAAUAUUUGGAAGAACAUGGAUUGAUUCUCCUGGGGAGAUGGUUUUGACCAACCUCACCACAGGAGACAAAGUUGUUCUGUAUUUUCAACCUUGUGGCUGGUUUGGUGCUGGACGCUAUGAGGUGGAUGGAUAUGUAUAUAACUCGGCUGAAGAGCCUAAGAUAUUAAUGACGGGAAAGUGGAAUGAGUCUAUGAGCUACCAGCCUUGUGAUUUAGAAGGUGAACCUCUUCCAAACACUGAACUCAAAGAGGUUUGGAGAGUCGCUGCGGCACCUGCAGAUGACAAAUUUCAGUACACACAUUUUGCACAUAAAGUGAACAGCUUUACAACAGCGCCGAAAAAGUUACUGCCAUCAGAUUCUCGCUUGCGUCCGGAUAGAUAUGCGCUUGAGAUGGGUGACCUGUCUAAAGCAGGUUCAGAGAAGAGCAUUCUUGAGGAGAAACAGAGGGCUGAAAAAAGGAUAAGAGAGACAAAGGGUCAGGAAUUUGUCCCCAAGUGGUUCAAUAUGACUGACCAAAUUGCUCCCACUCCAUGGGGUGAAUUGGAAAUUUAUGAAUACAACGGGAAAUAUUCUGAACACCGAGCUGCUGCUGAUAACUCCAGCACUGUUGAAGAGGUUAACAUUGCUACAACAGAAUUCAAUCCAUGGCAGUUUGGAAAUGUUGCUGAAACCAGUUCGAAGGAUUGAUGUGAUUAUUAUAUAUACAUUUAGUCUAAAUGUUUGUUUGGCUAUGCCUAGUUGUUUAAUUAUCACAUAAAUAUUUCUUAAAUAGAUUCUUGUUGGCUUUUAUCUGAAUUAUACUCUCUAUACGCUUAUUGAAGGGCUUUUUUGGUUA